AUGCCUAAAAAGGGAGCCCCAACGCGCAUGAAGCCAUUACGCCUCCAGACAAUACAAAAGCUACGAGUGAAAAGUCCGAAUACUCACCAAGCGAACCCGUGUCUUGCAGUCAUGACGAGUUGCUGGGCCUCGAGCCGAUCGGGUAGCGGUGGGUGUUUCUCGCUGGAGCAACAACUAAAAGCUUGUAUGGAUACAAAUAAAUCACAACGAGCAGGCAAGAGCACGAUCAAUUACCAUCUUAUGCGAAUGUUUCCGAAAAUAUCAGGACCGAGAAAGAAGGAGGGGGUGUUUCAUUAA